CACCACCGACCACUCAUGUCAUUAGUUACUCACCGAAUACAGGCGAGGUCAUGUUGAGGGUAGCCUCGCCAGUCGUUUAUCUAGCAUAAAAUGGCCAAAUAUUCCGUCCCUUUCCCGUUCUGCGAGAUCUUGGAAAUCGUCCUCAGGACUUGCUUUCCAUCCUUUGUUGUUGUGCGUUUGUGAAGGAGAGUGAAUCCGUCAGAGAAGGAGGCACAUCAGCUUGUACAACGAGUAGGCCAUGGCCAUUGCAUUGGCCACCAACUACUCGACGUACGUAGAUAGACAGUGGAUGAGGCACCGGAGGCACUCACUCACUAGAGGCACGCAGAGAACGCGCAAAAUCUGUGUGGGUGUACUUUUGCCCUUGACUUGUUGUGUUGGUGGUUUGUUCCCCUUGUUCCAUUUUGAAUGAUGUGCAAAAAAUAUGACAAUUGAAGGGAACUCGAAGCCUCCUUGUCUUUCUAAUAUUGAAUAGGAGUCGCUAUUGAUUGGGAAACAACGCAGUGUCCAAUCCACCAUGAGGAGUCGGAGCAAUUCCGCCGUCCGAUUUGAUAUCUUUAAUCGGAUUGUGCACAAGACCAUCCUCCGAUAUCAGAAUCCGGUGACGGGUUUGUUGCCCGCUUCCGAGCACAAUGACCACGCUUGGAUCCGAGACAACGUGUAUUCCAUUCUGGCUGUGUGGUCUUUGGCCUCAGCUUACAAGAAGGCCGCUGACCUGGAUGAGGACCGGUCCAAGACCCACGAAUUGGAACAAGCCACGGUCAAAUGUAUGCGAGGGCUCUUGACAUGCAUGAUGAGACAAAGUGAUCGAGUGGAGCGAUUCAAGGAGACCUUCUCCCCCAAGGACUCGAUCCAUGCCAAAUUCUCUUCGGAAACCGGUCUUCCCGUAGUGGGCGAUGACGAUUGGGGCCACUUUCAAGUGGAUUCCAUUUCACUCUAUCUGCUGAUUCUGGCUCAAAUGACGGCCUCGGGCAUGCAGAUAAUUUUCUCCCUAGAUGAAGUGGCCUUCGUUCAAAACCUGGUCUUUUUCAUCGAAGCCGCGUACUGCACUCCAGAUUACGGAAUCUGGGAACGAGGCGACAAAACCAAUAUGGGCAUCGUGGAACUCAACUCAAGUUCCAUUGGCAUGGCCAAGGCGGCGCUGGAAGCCGUCAAUGAAUUGGACCUCUUCGGUGCUCGAGGUGGCAGUGCCUCGGUGAUCCACGUGAUGGCUGAUGAGACCCAAAAGUGUCACGCUGUUCUUGAGUCCAUGUUACCCAGGGAAUCCCUGUCCAAAGAGACAGACGCAGCUCUGCUCACUGUGAUUGGGUUUCCAGCUUUUGCCGUGGAGACUCCGGAGUUGAUCAAGAAGACGUGUGACGAGGUCAUUAAUAAUCUAGGUGGCAAAUAUGGGUGCCGCAGUUUCCUCCGGGAUGGUUACAAAAAUCCCAGAGAGAAUUCGACCAAACUCCACUAUGAACCUUGGGAAUUACGACUCUUCGAGAACACGGAAUGCCAAUGGCCUCUGUUCUUUUGCUACAUGGUGGUCAAUUCGUGUUUUGUGGGAGAUCGCGAGACCGCCUUACAAUAUUCCGAGGCAUUGGAUGAUGUCAUGGUGAAAUCUGGUGACGGCAUCAAAUGGGUCCCCGAGCUCUAUUCGGUGUCAUUGGAAGAUACUCCAAAAGAAGAAUUGGAACCUGGAUCCCAAGCUCGCAUCCCUAUGGGAAGAGUCCCAUUCAUGUGGGCACAGUCCUUGUACGUCAUUGGACGCUUGAUCAUGGAAAACUUCAUCGCAGUGGGAGAAUUAGACCCGAUCAAUCGGAGGUUGAGUACGCUCAAACGCCCUGAUGUGGUGGUGCAGGUGGUGGUUCUGGCGAAGGAUCGCAAGAUUAAAGAUUUAUUAGCCACCCAUGAGAUCGAAGUAAAGACCUUGUCUGAAGUCAGUCCCAUCGAAGUGCAUCCUGCCCGAGUCCUUUCUCAUCUUUACACAUUCUUAGGCAAAAAUGAAAAAUUAGGCUUGACUGGCCGAAAAAAUCGCGACGUGGGUAUCUUGUCCACAAGCAAGUUGUACAAGAUUGGGGAGAGAGUCUUCGCCUUCACUCCACAGAGGUUCGACGUGUCAAGGAACUACAUGGAUUGCGAUAUCUCACUCAUGAUGACCACGCUUGAGUACGGAUUGAACAACCUGUCGACGUGUUGGAAGGCUUCUGGAAGACCACUCAUAACGCUUAUCCUCGGAGAAAGCAUGCUUGAUAAUGGGAAAGUUCAUCCAGCCAUGUUGUCCAGUUUGAAGAAGCUCCAAAAUGGUUAUAUCAAUGGAGCUCGUGUGACUUUCGGCACGUUUGAACAAUUCCUAUCGACUUCGUGCAUUACUAAUCUGAGCUUUUUGGGCGCAGUGGAGGAAGGUCAACCCGAUCGUCUCUUGCCAAGUGUGGAAAAAUACCUCACCGAUCAAAUGGGCAAAUCUGCCGCAUCCCUGUUUUCUCUACUGAAAACCAAGGGACACUCCUCGCAAGGCGUGGCUAUGAAACGGCUUUCUGUCCGCGGAUCUGUCCGGAGAUCCAGAUCACUCAAAUUAGGCGGCGAAUCACCCGAAGGCUUGGAAAUGGCGCAAUUGAUUAAGCAGGAGUCGACCGAAGAACUCCAAACUAGAGAUAUCGAUCUCGUGGCCCGGUCCAAAAUCAUGUCAGAAUCACAAUAUGGACAAUUGGGAUUACAGGAAGUGGUGGAAAUGCUCGCCCAAUCUCAGACCUUGGACGAGCAAGGCGACAUUAUGCAUUACUUAGUCUAUUGCUACGGAUUGGAUCAGAAGAUCAAGGUUCAACGAACCGGCGAAGAUGUUUGCGUUCGUGACCUCUUGAGAACCCUGUAUGAAGCGGCUUGUUCGAAGAAGCAUUGGGGUUUAGUCCGUCAUUGUGCCGGUUUCUUGGGCAAGAAGGUCGAGGACUUGUCCAAAUCGGUAACGGAUCUCUUGGUCCGUCAAAAACAAGUAACAGUGGGGAUGCCUCCGAAUAGCGAGACCAAAAUAUCGGGAGGCAAGCUCACCUCCACCGAACUCCGUCAAAUCAUUCACGAGGCUUACGAUGGUGAUGAAAGUAUGGCCAUGCUCUCUCAAGAGUUGUUGGUAUACUUGGCCAUGUUCAUCCAGACAGAGCCGCAACUCUUCCAUGGGAUGUUGAGGCUCCGGAUUGGAUUAAUCAUACAAGUUAUGGCCAUGGAGUUGGCCCGAAGCCUCAAGAUGAAAACCGAGGACGCGUCAGAGGAGUUAAUUAACAUUUCUCCUUUCGAAAUGCGUCGGCUUCUUCAUCAUAUUAUGUCUGGACGAGAAUUUGGCAUCCACAAAUUGGAGAGUGGCUAUAGCAUCGUGUGCGACCACGCGACGGUCUCAAAGAAUCGCAAGGGAGCAAUUAGGAAAUGGAGGCAGUUACGAAAUGUCACGAAAUACAUCCAAAAGGUCCGAAAGAGCUCUCGAGAUUGUCUUCCUCCUCCUAAACAUGAAGUCACGCCAGAAGUUAAGAGAAAGGCACUCUCCGUGAGUGCCAUCCCAGUUCCUAGCACGAUCAUGGAAAAGAAAGAGUCUCAGGAUGGCUCGGAUGAGGACAGUGACGACGAUAUCGAACGACAAGGGUCGUGGAUGCGGAGACGAUGUCUGGAUGGAGCCUUGAAUCGAGUGCCAAGGGGAUUUUACGAGAAGAUCUGGAAAGUGCUUCUCAAGUGUAAUGUCUUAUCCAUUCAGGGCAACACGCUCGACACGUGCCUGACACAAGAGAUGACUCGGGGCGAAAUGAAAUUCGCUUUGCGAGUCGAGGGUGCCUUGAACACGAUUCCGGAACCCGAAUAUCGUCAGCUCAUGGUCGAAGCAUUAAUGGUUCUGUCUUUAGCGGCAGAAUAUGAAGUGGUGGCUCAUUUUGGUCAAAUCGUCAAAGUAGAAAAUAUUGUUUCCAUGGCCAAUAAAUUCUUCCUUAUUGACCAGUUCAACGCGAAAGGCGACGCCACGCUUUGCUGUGCCACAGAUCACGAAGGCAAUGGUGGAAACCGUGGUCAACCUUUGGUUUGCCAAGGGGCGGCAGGAAUUUGUAGACACUUUUAUGACUCCGCUCCUAGCGGAACCUAUGGCACGAUGACCUAUUUAGUUCGAGCUUGCUCCUCCGUAAUCGAAACGCUUCCAAAGGAGGGGCACAUUGAUUGCUCGAUCGCUUGAACAAUUUAUCUUAUUACACAUUUGUUUGCCAGCAUA